GGUCUUGAAAGUUUUCAUUUUGCAUAUACUGUUACUGCGCAAUUACGGUUACCUAAAUGGUUUCGGAGUAAAUGCUGCCAUUCAUGGAAUAUACAGAUGAAAUACAUUUUAUGUAUUGCAUUACUAUAUUCAGUUUCGGCGAAUAUGGAGAUCCAAAGGCGAGAAUUAUGUCUUUCCUGUGAUAUUCUACAACAAUGUGAACAAAUCGUAUGCAAUAAUGUUUUAGUCAAUGGAACAUUUAUUCCAGAAUAUGUAAUUGGAUGUGAACUAGCUUGUCCUUUUGGUAAUAUAUCCUGUCAAAAAGAUCCUCAGAAUGGUACAUUCAUAUGGUUACCGACAGAUCCAUGUUUACCUGAAGUAAGUACAACUUCAGAACCAAAUAAUACACUGUUGACUACAACGACUACUAGUCCUACAUUUUAUACUACUGAUAUAACACAAACUAAUACAUCAACUGAUUCAGUUGUUUUAAAUACAACCAUCUUUGAAACAUAUCAAACAGAUAAUCAAAAUGCUAGCAUAGAAUUGUCAAAUUCAACCAUUACUGAAAGUGUACACACCUCGAAAGAAUGGACUUUAUACUGGCUUAUUCCUUUAAUACUAGUAAUUAUAAUCCCGAUAUUAUUUCUUCUGUGUUUGGCAUUACAUCAUUUUCUAAAACGUAAACAUCGAGUAAAAUUACCAUUGUCUAGCACACAUCCUGUUGAUGUCAUGGAACCAGCUGUAUCUUCUUGGGCAAAAUAUUCCAAUUCAUAUAAUACAGGCAUCCCAAUGGGACAAAAUGGAUAUUAUCAUAAAAAACGCAACACUUUAUAUGAACCACCAAAUGAAUCACCGAAUAAAACAAAUUUAAAAAUGAUGCCUGAUUCACAACAUAAAUCAUUAUCGAAAUAUGCAAAAUUAAAAUUAUUUCAUACAAAAAAAAUAAAAUCACCAAGUCCUAGUAGAAAAUUAAUUAAUUGGCAAGAAUCAGGUACUUUGCAAUUUGCUAUACCGCCUAGUCCAAAAUCUGCUUCUUCCACUAUACAAAUGCAUAAAAAAAAGCCGCCACCACCAUCACCAUCAAAUUUUUCAUUAAUUCAAGAAAGUAAUUUUACAAAACAAUUAUAUAAUUCAGUAAAUUCUUUAUCACAAAUUCCCUCCGGUGAUGCAACAAUUAGUUUAAGAUGUCCUGAAGAAAUGCGAUCGAUUAGUCAAUGUAGUGUGUUAUUUCCACAAGCAUGUAAUAAUAGACAAGAAACAUUUUCACCAUAUCCGCAUUGUAUACAACAUGAUUACAACAAUACCACAACAUUCAGUCGAUAUGAUCAACAGUCACCACAACCGAAAUUAUUUACUGACACAGAUGACAAUGUAGAUGAUCAUCGUAUUUAUUAUUAUAAUGAUCAUGAAGUGUCAAAUGAAGAAGAUACAUGCGAUCAAGUGUCGUCGAUUACAAUGCAACCAACUGUUAUAGUUCAACAACCAAAUGUCAAUUUAUUUCCUAAUCAAUCUUUUGAUGCAUUUAUUGACUAUGAAUCACAACAACAACAACAACACCAACCACAACCAAACAUGGAACAAUUCAAUGUGUACAAUACACAAUACAAUGAUUGGACAUUAGACAAGACAACUAUGUCACGAAUACCUCGUAUUUAGUGGAAAAUAAGAAGAUAAUCAUUCUGAAGCAUGU